UUCUAAAUGCCUAUCAUACGACUCCUUUUCUUCCUCUCUCUCUCCAAUCGGAUCCCACUUCUGAUCUGGUGAUCUCGUUACUCCGGCGCCACCGGCAUCGCAUUAAGCUACGAUAAUUUACAUUAACGGCCGCCAGCCUCCGGCUACGAUUCCGAGCAGAAAUGGAGUCCAUCUUGGCUCGAGCGUUGGAGUACACACUCAAGUAUUGGCUCAAAUCAUUCAGUAGAGAUCAGUUCAAAUUGCAGGGGCGCACCGCGCAACUUUCGAAUUUAGAUAUAAAUGGAGACGCACUACAUGCGAGUAUGGGAUUGCCGCCGGCGCUCAAUGUCACCUCCGCCAAAGUUGGCAAAUUGGAGAUUGUGCUUCCUUCGGUAAGCUACGUACAAGUAGAGCCAAUUGUGGUGCAAAUUGAUAGGCUGGACCUGGUGUUGGUGGAAAAUGAUGAUAUAGAUGUAUCUAGUAAACCGAGCAGUGUUUCAACCUCAACAAGUACUGGAAAGGGUAGUGGAUAUGGAUUCGCUGACAAGAUUGCAGAUGGAAUGACAUUACAAGUUGGUGUUGUUAAUCUCUUACUCGAAACUCACGGUGGAGCUCGGCGCAGAGGAGGAGCAACCUGGGCAUCUCCAAUGGCUUCCAUCACUAUACGCAACCUUAUACUCUGCACAACAAAUGAGGACUGGGAGGUUGUAAAUCUUAAGGAUGCAAGGGAAUUUUCUACUGGCAAGAAAUUCAUAUAUGUGUUCAAAAAACUUCAGUGGGAGCAGCUGUCUAUUGACAUCCUGCCUCAUCCGGAUAUGUUCUCGGAUCCAGACUUUUUAAAUUCUCAAGAAGGGUCUAAUAAGAAAGACGAAGAUGGUGCAAAGCGGGUAUUCUUUGGUGGGGAGCGAUUCAUUGAGGGGAUCUCAGGAGAGGCCUAUAUUACAAUCCAAAGGACAGAGUUGAAUUGCCCCCUAGGGCUUGAAGUUCAAUUGCAUAUUACAGAAGCUGUUUGCCCUGCUUUAAGUGAACCAGGAUUACGGGCUCUUCUCCGUUUCUUUACUGGAUUUUAUGUUUGUCUAAAUCGAGGAGAUGUGAAUCCAAAUUCUCAGCCACGGUCUGCAGAAGCUGCCGGCCGUUCUUUGGUCUCUAUAACUGUGGAUCACAUAUUUGUCUGCAUUAAGGAUGCUGAAUUUCAGCUAGAACUUCUGAUGCAAUCACUAUUAUUCUCUCGGGCAAGUGUAUCUGAUGGAGAGAAGGCAAAUUACUUGACACGGGUCAUAAUAGGUGGAUUGUUUUUGAGGGAUACGUUUUCGCGUCCACCAUGCACCUUAGUGCUGCCGUCGAUGCAGGAUGCUUCUAUUGAUACCUCAGAUGUCCCAGAUUUUGCUAAGAACUUCUGUCCUCCAAUAUAUCCUCUUGGAGAGCAGCAGUGGCAAUCAAAUUGCAGUGUGCCUCUGAUCUGUCUCUACAGUCUGCAGUUAGUGCCCUCCCCGAGCCCACCAAUUUUUGCUUCCAGAACCGUUAUUGACUGCCAGCCGCUAAUGAUUCAUCUUCAGGAAGAAUCCUGUCUGAGAAUAUCAUCCUUUUUAGCUGAUGGAAUUGUCGUAAAUCCUGGUUCUGUGCUGCCAGAUUUCUCCAUUAACUCCCUACUUUUCAAUCUUAAAGGUUUAGUUGUUACCGUACCCCUAGAGAUAGGAAACCCAGAACAAUUAUCUGGAAGUCCCAACAUAUCAGUCCAUAAUUCAUUUUCUGGGGCAAGGCUCCAUAUUGAAAAUUUGAUGUUCUCCCAGUCACCUUCCUUAAAACUAAGCCUACUGAACAUUGAGAAGGAUCCUGCAUGUUUCUGUCUUUGGAAGAGUCAACCAAUUGAUGCCAGCCAGAAGAAAUUGACUGCUGGAGCAUCUUCGAUUACUUUGUCUUUGGAAACAUGCAAUGGCUUUAUUGGGAGGAACACCGCAAGGGUGGAUUCAAGUCUAUGGAAAUGUGUUGAGAUGAAAGAUAUCUGUUUUGAGGUAGCAAUGGUGACUGCAGAUGGGACCCCUUUAACAGAUAUGCCACCUGCGGGAGGGGUUGUCAGAGUAGGAGUUAACUGUGAACAAUACAAUUCAAGCACUUCAGUGGAGCAGUUAUUCUUUGUUCUAGACCUCUAUGCUUAUUUUGGUAAGGUUAGUGAAAGGAUAGCUGUGGCAGGGAAAAGCAAGUCUUUAGAGGAAACAAGAAAUGAUUCUCUGCAGGGAAGCAUAAUGGAUAAAGUUCCUGGUGAUACUGCUGUCACUCUUUCUCUGAAGAAUUUGCAGCUAAGAUUCUUAGAAUCUUCAUCUGAUACCCAAGGCACACCUCUAGUUCUUUUCAUUGGUGAUGGUCUGUCUGUCAAGGUUAGCCAUAGAACUCUGGGUGGCGCCAUGGCAAUUUCAUCCACUUUACGAUGGGAAAGGGUCGAGGUGGACUGUGCAGACACUGCGAAUGACUUCCAACUGGAGAAAGGUUCUGAAUUGAUGCUUCCCGACAAGAAUCUGAACGGGAGGGACUGCUAUCAGUUACGGGCUGUUUUUUGGGUUCAAAAUACUAAAAUUUAUCAAUCAAAUCGUAAUAUGACAGUACCAUUUCUGGACAUAUCCGUGACACAUGUGAUUCCAUAUAGUGCACAGGAUAUCGAGUGCCAUAGUUUAAGAGUGUUGGCCUGCAUUGCUGGUAUCCGCCUUGGUGGAGGAAUGAGUUAUGCUGAAUCUUUGCUUCAUAGGUUUGGAAUCUUUGGUGCUGAUGGCGGGCCAGGGGAAGGUCUUACCAGAGGCCUUGAGCAGUUAUCUGGUGGACCUUUAUCAAUUCUUUUUAAAGCAUCACCCGUCACUGUGGAUGACCUUAGAGAGAAUGCAUGUCAAGAAGAUGGAAAGGAAAGCAGUCUCUUCCAUUUGGGCACCCCUGAUGACGUGGAUGUUUCAAUUGAAUUAAAAGAUUGGUUAUUUGCUCUUGAAGGUGAGCAGGAGAUUGCAGAUAGAUUAUACUUCCAAGACUCCGAAGUUCCUCAGAGAGAAGAGAGGAGCUGGCAUAUGACGUUUCAUAAUAUACAUAUGAAAGCAAAAAGCGCCCCAAUGCAUGCAGCAGCUGAUAAAACAAACACAACCAGAAAGCAUAAACAUCCUAUCGAGUUGAUUACUGUUGGCAUGGAAGGUCUGGAGAUCUUAAAACCAAUGUCUGGGCACCGGAUGCUGACGAAUGGGAUUUAUGAAAAUGAGAUAGUUCAGAAUGGUUUUCCCGGAAGAGAAAAGCAACCUGUCAACAGACAUGGUGGCGUCAAUGUGGAAGUUGACAUAGUGGCUUCUGAAGCAGAUAAUGAUGACCUAAUGGCUGAGUGGAUGGUGGAAAAUUUCAAAUUCUCUGUAACCGAGCCACUUGAGGCUGUAGUGAAGAAGGAUGAGCUGCAACAUCUCGCUCUCCUGUGCAAGUCUGAGGUCGAUUCUUUGGGUAGAAUAGCUGCUGGUGUCCUUCGAAUUCUUAAGUUAGAUGGAUCACUUGGUUCAGCAGCAAUCAGCCAACUGAGUAAUUUAGGAACUGGAAGUAUAGACCAGAUAUUUACCCCGAAGUCGAAGACGGGGUUCAGUCCAUUUUCAGACGCGGGCGGUGGAAGUUGGGGUUCAGGCAUGGAGACAACCGUUGCAUUUCUUGAGGAGGCAGUUUUGGAUUCAAAGGCAAAAUGCGCUGCUCUGGCGACCGAGUUAGCUUGCUCAGAUUCGCCUGCAAACUGCCUUGAUGAUGUCAGACAGCUGAGUGAGAAACUUGAAAACAUGCAGAAGUUACUUGACCAAUUGAGAAUUCCUCACUGAAAAUGCUGUGUUGUAAUAUAUGACAUUGGGUGAAGGGGUAUAGUUUUGUGAUUCUUUCUUGUAGAUAGUAGGCAUGCAAAAUAUAGAGAUUAGGGUCUCAACCAUUUUGUCCCAUGUAAAUUAAUCUGAAAUGUCAUUUAUCAUAACCAAAUUUUGUAUUGGAUAGCAGAUCUGCUCUUAUUAUUGAGUUAUACUCCAUUUGAAUUUUGUAA